AUGCGGCCCCAGGACAGCGCCGGGGACCCCGCGGUGCUGGCGGAGCCCGCCGAGGUGGCGGAGCCCGGGCUGCAGCCGGCUGCCGAGGCGGCCCCGGGCGCGGGCGAGGAGCCGGCGGCCGCCGAGGCAGAGGGGACUCCCGGCCGCGGCAGGUGCUGGCUGUGCAGUUCCUCGCCGUGCUGCUCGCACGCGGAGCCGGAAGCCAAGAAGAAAGCAGCAUGUCCUGGACUUGGCUUGUUUUACACAUUAUUGUCUGCCUUCCUUUUCUCAGUGGGCUCUUUAUUUGUUAAAAAAGUGCAAGACGUCCAUGCUGUAGAACUUAGUGCAUUUCGAUGUGUGUUCCAAAUGCUAGUUGUUAUUCCUUGCUUAAUAUACAGAAAAACUGGGUUUAUAGGCCCAAAAGGUCAACGAAUUUUCCUCAUUCUCAGAGGACUCCUUGGUUCUACCGCCAUGAUCCUAAUAUACUAUGCUUUCCAGACAACGUCCCUCGCCGAUGCCACAGUUAUCACGUUUAGCAGCCCAAUGUUUACGGCGUUGUUUGCCUGGAUAUUUCUCAAGGAAAAAUAUAGCCCUUGGGAUGCUCUUUUCACCUUGUUCACGAUCACUGGAGUGAUCCUUAUCGUGAGACCACCAUUUUUGUUUGGUUCCGACACUUCGGGGAUGGAAGAAAGCUAUUCGGUCCAUCUUUUGGGAACACUAGCAGCAAUUGGACAUGCUGUGUUUGCUGCAAUGACUCUAGUUAUCCUAAGGAAAAUGGGAAAAUCUGUGGACUACUUUUUGAGCAUUUGGUAUUAUGUAAUCAUUGGCCUCAUGGAAAGCACCAUCGUCCUCUUCGUAAUAGGAGGCUGGAGUCUGCCCGACUGUGGGCUAGACAGGCUCUUUCUCAUACUCAUCGGGCUCUUUGGUUUGGGGGGUCAGGUGUUUCUCACAAAAGCCAUUCAGAUAGAAAAGGCAGGGCCCGUGGCAAUAAUGAGGACAAUGGAUGUGGUCUUCGCUUUUAUCUUUCAGAUCAUUUUCUUUAACGAUGUGCCCUCGUGGUGGACAGUGGGUGGUGCUUUCUGUGUAGUAGCCAGUAGUGUUGGAGCGGCUGCUCGCAAAUGGAUCCAGAAUUCCAAAUGAAGCGUCACUGCUGAGCCCUGUGUUUUUCUCAGACACCCCGUCACCUAGUCAGACACAGCACACACAUACACACACACACGCACACCUACACCUGAAAAAUCUGCAUUUAUUCAUUGAUUUCAUCUAAUAAAUUUCAGAAAUAAAGUACCAUUUUUGAAUAUGAUAUGUCUUUUAUUAGUUAAGAAUAGCUAGUCUGUUUGGCUUAGCAAUUCUGUGUUAGUUUCUGUUUUGAUUCAGGCUCCUUUUCUGUUGUGUGGUAUCGGUAAGAGGAGAGCUCACUAUUUGACUCUAGUAAUAUAUGUAAUUUUAGAAACAUUUUUGGUACUGACGGGAUAUGGGUGGGGAGGAAAUUUUAGAUUUUUUUUUUUAGCAUUGCAGAGCCUAAGAAACCUGUUGACCAUGCUGCUAUAAUUAGUAUUAUGUUGGCAGUUCAUUUGCAACGUUAUUCCAUUUAGGAGGCCAAAGCUGAAACUUAGAAUAGGUGCCUAAUGAACAGUGUUAAUAGUACAAAUGCAUUGGCCUUAUUUUUGAAGAUUUUAUGAAUAGUUAACCGUACUAUUAACUCUUAUUUGUGCCUUUUCAUUUUAAUGCCAGAAUUUUUAUAUAUUUUCUAAAAAAGUCUUGAAAUCACCAAAGUUGGCUAAAUAGUUUUCUGUUUCAGUGGCAUUUUAGUAACUGAGGUUGUCAUUCUGUUAUUUUAAUUGUCCUUUUUUUUUUGAAACACCACUAAAUUUCCUUUUACACUCUAAGAUUUCAGGUCUUUAAAAAAAUCACCAAAGUUGGCUAAUUGUUUUCUGUUCCAGUGGCAUUUUAGUAACUGAGGAUCAUUCUGUAAUUUAAUUGUCCUCUGUUUUUUGAAACUGCACUAAUUUCCCUUAACACGCCAAGACUUCAGGUCUUUAAAUAAAAAGAAAGAAACCUUAGUACGGCCAGUGUGCACAUUUCCAUCCUAAAGUGUUUUCUUCCCAAUAGAAGUGUGAUUUUGUAUACAUUGUCUUUGAACUUACUCUGUGAUGCCAAAUACAGUUGUCUCAGGAUCUUAUUAGGUUGAACUGUGUGAAACUGCCAAAACUUUGCCAUUUCGACUUACAAAAGCUAUCGUUUCACAAGGUUCACCCUAAUAGAUAACCUCUCUUACUGAUUAGAUAAAAUACUUAGAGAGUUUUGGGCUAUUUUAAAAAAACUUUUUAGAAGUCUAGUAAUCUGUUAAACUUAUUUUAUAGCCUUUUUCCUCUAUGAAAUUAUAUGUGAUAAUGUUUCAUUUUAUACAUUAAAUACACAUACCUGUAAAUCUAUGGUUGAUUGGCGUUUGUAGUUUCUUUCAUAGAAAAACAUCUGUUAAAUUCUAGUAUAUCAGCAUGAUGUUAUCGAAACUGCAUCAUGAUGCUAAUGAAUUUGAAUAACACGUUUUGUAUCUGGAACUUCAGCGGGGCACUACUCUAUGUUUAAAGAGAAUUUAAUAUCUAGGAAAGCUUAGGGGGCUAAUCAGGGUGCAGUGAGUACUUGCAAAUGAUUCCUGUCACAGUGAACCCUUUAUCGAUGAGGGUAUAAUAAACGCCAGCUUUUACCAUGUCAGACAAAGCAUCUACUGCUAUCUUUUAAAGAAUUACUUCAUUUGAAAGAGUUACAGAGAGAGGUAGAGCCAGAGAGAGAGAGGUCUUCCAUUCUGCUGGUUCACUCCCCAAAUGACUGCAAUGGCCAGAGCUGAGCUGAUCCAAAGGCAGGAGCCAGGAGCUUUUUCCUGGUCUCCCAUGUGGGCGCAGGGAUCCAAGGAUUUGGACCAUCUCCCACUGCUUUCCCAGGCCAUAGCAGAGAGCUGGACUGGAAGAGGAACAGCCGGGACUCCAACUGGUGCCCAUAUGUGGGAUGCCGACGCUGCAGUCUGGGGAUUUAACCCACUGUGCCACAGCAUCGUCCCCUCUACUAUUAUCUUAAGCCUGCAGAGUUAAAAAGAUUAGAGAUUUGUUUGUUUUUUCUCAUCUUCUUAUCACGAUUCUUCCAAAGCAAGCAAGAACUUGGGUUUCUGGGAUUUAAGCCUUGGUGAGAAAGGAUCUUUUCCAGUAGUUCCAUGGGGGAGAUUUUUGGCUUGUUUAUUUUAUCUAAUACUUUCUACCUGAAAGGUUCUUUCUUUCUUUCUUUAUUUUGACAGGGAUUGCUAGACAGAGAGAGAGUUAUAGACAGUGAGAGAGAGACAGAGAGGUCUUCCUUCCGUUGGUUUACUCCCCUAAUGGCUACUACGGCUGGCGCUGCGCCAAUCUGAAGCCUGGAGCCGGGUACUUCCAGUCUCCCAUGUGGGUGCAGGGACCCAGGCACUUGGGCCAUCCUCCGCUGCCCUCCCGGGCCACAGCAGAGAGCUGGACUGGAAGAGGGACAACCGGGACAGAAUCCGGUGCCCCAACUGGGACUAGAACCCAGUGUGCUGGCGCUGCAGGCAGAGGAUUAGUCAAGUGAGCCACGGCACCAGCCGCUACCUGACAAAUUCUAAAUGAAGUCUUUAAGUGAAUUGUAUCAUAACUUAGGCCUAUCCAAAAUUUUAUAGUUUAGACUUCCAAAAGCAACACUCUGCGAGUAUCUUAGAUAAUUGUGGAAUCUGCAUUUUGGAGCUCAGAUAUCUCAGAAGCCCUUUUGUGGGAGUCACCUUCCAUAGAUUGGAAUUGUACGAGACCUAGCCAAGUUGGGUUCCCUUGACCUUCUCACAUUCCUUAGCUCCGUGAUACAGAGGGAAAGGAAACCACUUCUUGGUUACCCAUGCUGAAUGAGCUCUCAGGGACUGCUCUCCCAGUGGUUUACCUUGCACAGUCAGAGAAAAACGUCUGUGACUUUGAAAGUUAAAAUUGCUUUGGAUCCGUAUACUAGAGACAUAUGUUCUAUCUCAACAGUGAGGCUCAAGUACGUGAAUGUCACGGUAAAUGACAAAAGGUGGAGAAAACGUUUCUUCCAACUUUUACAGGGUAUGAUUCUCAAACACUUGUAAUGCCCAAGGUAUACACGAGGGGAUGUAUUGUAACAAAUAUGGUUGUGUAUAUUUUGCAAAGAUUAUAGUUUCUAUAUCUUGAAAAACUAUUUUCAUAAAUUGUUUUUAUUUUGUAAGCACUAAUAAAAUCAU